CUGCCCAUCCCACUUCGUCCUUUGUCUUCUCGUCAGUCCUCUCCCUUUCUCCUGUCUGACGCACCACCGGCGCCGUCAGUUUGUCUCAGACUUUUCAUUUUCUCUCUUUCUCUGUCUUUCUCUUUCCCUUUCUAUCUCGCCGUCGCUCUCUUGCGGGAAGAAAGUGGAGAUCUGGUUGGGUGGCUGCCAAUUUAAAGGGUUUUGAGAGGGCCGCUGUGGUGGACUUAGACCGACUCCGGGGCAGCUUUUUCUGGUCAAGUUGUUUUGGAUUGACUGCAUCCCGAUUUUGGACCAGGAAAUAUGAUCAUAUCUGGUGCUUAGCAGCUGAGUCUCCAAGAGUGUGAAGAACCCAAGGUGGGAGUUAAAAUAUGAAGCUGGAAGACAUUUUCACACAACUUGAAAUGAUGGAUGGGUUUGCUAGCAUCCCUAGUGUUGAAAAGCUGGUUUGUUUUAUGCAGCAUGAGAAAUCCUACAACACAAAAAGUGUUGUUGAAACAACUAAUCAUUUGUCCACCAUUGCUGGUAUUUUAACUGCUACGAAGAAUAUGGAUUACCUGAAGCAAUUUAUUGAGUUGGGUGGCUUACAUUGCUUAGACAGAUGGCUUCAAGAAGCACAGAAGUAUGGGAACAUAAAUUCUUCUGACAAUAAUGUAGAGGAUCCAAUAAGUACUGUGCUGGAAGCCCUCAUAAACUUACCUUUGGACCAGCAUUGUCUGAAAGCAUGUGGAAUAGGUACUACUGUUAUGAAUUUCCUUUCUCACAAAAAUCCAAAAAUUCAGGGGAAGGCAAAGAACUUAUCUGAUCAAUGGGCGAAAUUUACUGAUAAAGAAAGUGCAUUUGAGAAGUGUAGGGAUCAAACUAGUCUUGACCAUGAGAGCAGUGCUUGCAAGGGUGAAAUGCUGCCAAAAAUUGAAGGGGAACAUCCAGGUUAUGGGAAUACUGUACCUCAAGAUUUUCCACCUGGGGCAUGUGUGAAAGGAGAUGCAAACAGCUGGAAGUCACAUCAUUCAUCAUCCAUUUCAAGUUCUAGCACUUUGCAAUUUGAGGCUGGAAAGGAUGUGAAAGAUAACAUUUCUGCUGAAGGAACUUCAGGCACAACUUUUAGCAGAAAUUGUGGUUUUACAUCUUCUACCAGUGAAAAGGAUGUCGCAGUUGAUGGGAGUCCAAGGAAUCGUGAAGCCCCUGGAAGUUCCUUGGAAAGGACUGUCUCUGCACAUGUUUCUGAAAAAAGUGAAAUGGGAUCAGAGACUGGUAUGUCCUGUUGCCAAGAAGGUCAGAAGUUGGCUUCUGGGGAAGAGAAAACUAAUCAGGAGAAUGCUGGUGAAGAUGGUGCAUCCUUGAUGCCGUUGGGGCUUGAUGAUGGACACUCAAAAACUGAAUCUUCGUCCUCCAACUCAAAACAUGUCAUCCUUCCAAUUUCUUCUUCAAGUGAUAGCUGCCAUAAAACAUCAAUGGAUGCUGAGUCAUGCAUUGGAAGUAAAAAAGGAACUGGUAAGAAUAACUCUGUCUGUAUUGGCUUCAAGUGCAGCCUAGCAGAAUCUCCAGGAAGAAAAAUGACUUGGGGAUUAUCAGAGCAUGGAUCAUUGGAUUAUUGGAAAAAAAUCAUGGAGUGGAAGCCUGAAAAACAAAUUGGUUCAUGUGUAACUCCAAAGGCCACUUCAGACACUUCUGCUGCAUUACUUGGACAUGGUAAUAUUGGCAGAACAUCCCAAGCUGUUGAAAUUCACACUUCUGUCACAUUGCUUGGAAAACAAGGUAAUCCAGGUAAAACUUCACAAGCUGUUAAAGUUUCGACAGAAUGUGAUGCUGCAAAGGUGUUAGAAAAAAUUGCAGAAGAAAAUUCUAGGGUCCUGGAGAAGGCUGAUGGCCCAAAAUCCAGGCUGCUGCAGCAGAAAAAUGCAGAACGUGUAGCCAGAGAAGACACAGAAAUGGAGCUCACAUAUGAGAUGGAUGAUGCAUUGGAGGUGGCCCGCCGGGUUGCAAGAGAAGUGGAGAAAGAGGUUGGUACUUACAGGGAAGCCUCAGGAAGCUCCUCUUCAAUAGAGGACCGGAAUGGUCAUGCAAUCCAUCAAAGUACUGCUGAUUCUUUGGGACCUAAGGCAAAAUUUUGUUCUGAGGAAAAUGUAGACAAAAGUGAGCUAUGCAGUGAACAAGAGAAGACAGAUAGUUGCUGUUCAAUCAAGGAGGAGAUGGAACCAGAAAUAUCAGCCAGAAAUCAAAAUCCAUGCAUGGGGGUGAAAACCCUGUCACAAGAGAUUGGUCCAACAAUUGUCCAUGAAAAGAAUGAUGGUGUCCGUGAACAAGAAGCAUCUAAGUUGACUACAGCACCUGAAGAUGAAGCUCCCGAUAACCAGAUAACAAGCUUUCGUGGCUUUGAUUUGAAUGAAGACAUUAAGACAGAGGAAGCAGACCCUGAUCCAUCAGUGACUGAAACUAUUUCUUCUUGUCAUGUAAAUGUUUCAACACCAAUUCCUGUAGUGGCCACCUCAAGGAUUCCUGCUUGCUUGCCUAAGGCACCAUUAAAAUUUGAAGGGGAGCUAGGUUGGAGGGGAUCUGCUGCAACUAGUGCAUUCAAGCCUACCUCACUUUUCAAGACUUCCAAUAAAGAGAAGGCAUCUUUCACUGAUGACACCAAUUACAGCUCGAGACAUUCACAGGGUUUUCAGGGUAUUGACCUAAAUGUAGCUGAUGGUGGAGAUGAUUCAGUAAUGGAAUUAUUCCCAGGAAAGCAUGCUUCAGUUUCCUCAGCACUCCUUUCUGGUGAGUCAUCUCUGGAAGUUGGUUCAAAACGAGCGGAAAGAUUAAAUCUGGAUCUUAAUCGUCUUGGUGAUAAUGAAGAUUACAGCCCACAGCUAUCGUCUGAAUGGAAGACAGAAAACAAACAUCAUCUCCCCAUUAGUGGGGCCUGCAACCCUUCUCCAACAUUUUUGAAGCCAUCUGUUAGGGAUAUUGAUUUAAAUGAUAAUCCAUCCAUUGGAGAAGCUCGCAAUGAUGUUCCCAGAUCAAGUGAAAGCAUCCAAUGUUUGAGAAAUGGGGCAUUAAAUGGUUCUGCUUUCUCAAUCAUGGGAACAACUGUACAGCUAGGUUCCAAUAAUGUUAUAUCUGCACCAACAUCUGCUUUGAAUUCUGUGCAGGCUUUUGGUCAUGAUCAUGACAGAAAGGAGUUUAUGCACCCAUCCCAACCCUUUCUAAUGGCUGGGCCGGGUGCUAUUCCUUCGGUUGAGCAAGGAGGAAAGGUGGUUGCUCUACAGCCAACACUAGCUUAUGCUCCAUCUCCUGCUUUCUCCUAUAAUAAUGGGUUUGCUAUUGGUCCUUCAGUCCCUCUCCCAUCCACUAUAUACCCGUCAGGUGUUGUGCCAUAUAUGAUAGACACACGUGGGGCCACUAUCAUACCACAGAUAUUAGGUUCAAGUACUCUACCCACCUAUCCAAGAGCCCCUUUUAUCACAGAGAUUGCUGGUGGACCAGGUGCUGGCAAUGUUACUAUUGUAAGGCCUGGUCUUGAUCUCAAUGCAGGGGUAAAUACAUUGGAGCAGGAAAGCAGGGGAGGGAAUGUCAGACACUUGUUUAUUCCUGCAACUACUACAUUAGUGGAAGAGCAAAUGAAGUCCUUUCAGCAAGUUGCCAUGUCUGGCCCACCCAUGAAGAGGAAAGAACCAGAUUGCGGGUGGGACUCUUACCAGAUUGGCUACAAACAGGUGACUUCAUGGCGCUAAGUAUCUACUUUCUACAGCUUACCAAACUCACAAUUAUAUUAAGGUUAAGAGGGUUAGGUCUUUAUAUAUAAAUGUAUUCAUACAUGUCGCUGCUGUUGUAGAUUUGACAGUGCUGAACUGGAUUCUGGACUUGCAUACAUAGCCAUUUUGACUCAGACAUCCUGCAAUUGCAGCAUGAGAAUCCCUUAAACAGAAUGAGUCCAGUUAUAGGGGCUAAUGCUUCUCCUUUUUUCCUUCUAUAAUUUGUUAUUUUACCACUUAUGAAAUCAGUCUAUACUGACUAGUUCUGUACAUGUUACAUAUUUAACUUUUAACACAUGCGAUCAAUCUCAACUAUAAAAUGAAGAUCCUGCAACCACCAUCUAGAGCCAUGACACUGGUUGGUGGUAUAUUCUUAACAGUGCUCUGUUUUUUUUUUUUUAAUUUAUCCUGUACUAAUCUUUUUUGACGCCACUUGACAUUAUACAUUAGUACUUGGUCUAC